GUUGAAAGUCGAAACCAUUCUUUUGAUUUCGAUCAGAAACAGCCGUACAGUUGUGAAGAAGAGAGCGGGUGCGAGAUGGAACGGAGCGUAGUUGCAGCAAAACCGGUUAUCAAGGUGGCAGCUCUUUGUGGUUCUCUCCGCAAAGCUUCCUUCAAUCGUGGCUUACUCCGCUCCGCAAUCGAGAUAUGUCGCGAGUCCAUCAAUGGAAUGCAGAUUGAAUAUGUGGACAUCGAACCCCUCCCUUUCAUCAACACUGAUCUGGAGGUGAACGGGACUUAUCCUCCGGUGGUAGAAGCCUUCCGUCAAAAGAUUCUCGAAGCCGAUAGCAUUCUCUUUGCUUCUCCCGAAUACAAUUACUCUGUCACUCCCCCUCUGAAGAAUGCUAUUGAUUGGGCUUCUAGACCUCCAAAUGUUUGGGCUGAUAAGCCAGCCGCUAUCAUAAGCACAGGAGGAGGUUUGGGUGGAGGACGAGCACAGUACCAUCUUCGCCAAAUUGGGGUUUAUGUUGAUCUUCACUUCAUAAACAAGCCAGAAUUUAUGUUAAGGGCAUUUGAACCUCCAAAGAAGUUUGAUAGCGAUGGCAAUUUAAUAGACCCUGAGGCAAAAGAGAAGUUAAAGCAGGUUCUUUUAUCAUUGCAGGCAUUUACUUUGAGACUAAAACAGUAGGUGCUGAACCAAGUUACGAAAUUCCAAACUUUAUUCCUUGCCUGCUUCCUUUGAACUAUAGUGUAUUUGCAUCUCAAAACUGGCUGGAUUGCUUGUAGUUUGGCACAUCUCAAUGAUCAGAACAAGUAUGAACUUUAAACCACUCCUUGAUCAUGAAAGGGUUCUGGUUAAGCAUGAGUGAUGAAAUUGAAGGAACAAAGAUUUCCCUAUUUCCUUUCAAUUUGUUUUUUAAAAGUAAUUUAUUUGGCUGUUGUGCUUUGUAUAGUUGUAUCAUCACCUAGAAUCAAUAUACAGAAUGUUGGGCCAUGAUGUUAUUCUCA